UUGAGACGAGCAGUCCGCUGAAAUUCGCCGUGGAAGACGCUCUGCCGCGGUUUAUCCGUAUUGUUUUCCCCGAAAUUCGGCCUAAUUCGACCGAUCCGUCGAUCGAGGCACGAUGAGCACAACGCAGACCUGGUGCGUGAUCUUUGUGAUGGCCGCCGCGUGCACCUGCGGCGCGCGCACGGAGUGCAGCGAAACCGCGCAAAUUUCACUGCUGACGAGCGUGCACGAUGACCCAUCGUGCGUGAAACCGUCGACCAAGGGCGUUAUGCUCUACGAAGCCGCCGGGCUGCUUGCCGAGGCUCACAAUAACCGGACCGACGAUUUCGAGAUCGGGAUCACCGUUUUGGACACGUGCGGCAACAUAACGGGCGCUCUGAAGGCGACCAUGAAGGCUCUCGUGUGGGCGGAUAUCAACUGUUUGCAUCCACCUCAUUACUUAGGAAUUAUCGGGCCGGAUACCGCGGCCAAUGCUGAAGCGGUGCGCAAAGUGACCUCGAUACUGCAGGUACCGCACAUCGUUAAGAAGCCGUCGAUCUCGCCGUAUCUGCAUCCUCUGGCGGAGGAAUCGAAUUCCUACCUGGUGCAGGCGACCUUGAAAAUAAUAGAGACUCUAAAAUGGCGGUCCUUCAGGUUGGUGGCCAGUGUGGAUGGCGAGAACGACGAGGGCGUGCAGAAUAUCGCGAGGAAAUUGACAUCGAGCGCCAUCGCUAGGGAUUUGUGCGUCGUAGUGCAUGAUGAGGCAGAUAACACAUCGCGCGUCGUGCAUAUCGGAAAACCGGAGGUGAAGCUUCUCCGGGAGCCCGCAGACGCUACCGUGCUGAUCGUCGGCGAAGCGGGCGACACGCGGGAACGCUUAAAUCGCAUGAAUUCCAGCAACACUUUGCUGCUGCUGGAGGACUCCAGAAUUGUAAUCGACGGUUUGGAGCGGAGAGUCGAAAACUCGCGUUGGUGGACGUCCGAGAGCGGCCGAGGAAAGUACGACGCCAAGGAGUUGAGGCAAGUCAGAUGGCUCGAAGACGCCAUAGGAAUUUACACGAAAGCUCUGAAAGCUUUGUGCAAAAACAAGAGAUGCAAAAGCCAGAUAAAUCCCCUGGACUGGAAUCACGUGGUGUCGAGCGUCUUAAUGGCGCGCAACGCGGAAUCGCAGGCCGCGCCAAGGCUCCUCGAUCUGUCCGUGAAGACGAAGACGGGCGAGCUGGAGUAUCUGGGUGGUGUGAUCGUCCGCGAAGACAGGGCGACAAUUUACUGGGGCGAACGAAGCGAACUGUCGCAGGAGGAAAGCAAGAAGGAAACUGAGAUGAAUAAUGGUACAGGGGAGGACAAUUACGAAGACUUGCCGCCCGCGUUCAGGGCUCUUCUGAAUCGAGAGAACGAACCGCGAUCGAGAUGCGCCACCAUCAUCAAGGAGACCAGGUUGCACGGGAAGGACAACCAGGCGGUGCAGGUCCUCGUCUCUGGAACGGACGACAACGAGUGGUGGACAAUGGUGUGCACGGUGAGCGGUGUCGGAGUCGCGAUGUUCCUAGUGGGUAUCCUCGCUGUUUAUAUUAUCUACACGAACAUACGGGGCCCGCGUUGUCCCAAGGGUGAGGAUAAGUUGGACAGGGACACCAGCUUGCGAAGGGUGGGUAGCGAUCGGGAACUACCGGCGACUUUAAUCAGCCGUAACCAGCAAAUGUCGCGGGUGCCGCAGCGGACGGGCAGCGAGAGGAGCGUCUCCGAGAAGAGCGUCUGACGUCACAAGAACAUCGUCGGAAGUGGAUGACUUGCGUGAAUAAUAAACGAGCGAAACGUU